AAAUGAUUGAACUGGAAUUAUCAUAUUGUAGAUCAAAUUCCAAUUGGAAGAGAUCCGUACAUUGCCAUUACUUUUGAUGAGGGCAUUUUGAGGGAUUCAAUUGGUUUGAAAGAUGCUUCUGUAUCAGGAGCCAGUCCAAUGAAGGAAGAUCCUCGUCCUUCACUUCCAGUGGACCCAACUGUAGGUUUUCAAGAUCCUGGUCCAGAAGAGACUGAAAUGCUCAAUGAAGAUAGUUUUCCUCAAAAUGUCCCAGAAAUUGAAGUUAUGCGUGAUGCCGCCCAUGAUUUUCAUGCGGAUAACAUUUCACCUUGGCCAGAUCAAGGGAAUGAUGUACUUGAACCGGACAGGCUUUUGGAGCAGCAAAUCAUAAAUGAGAAGGAAAUCCUUCCACCAGCUGCGGAAGAAAUAUUAGUCUCUGGAGGGCAGUCUCUCCCAUCUCAGCAACAUGGAGAACCAGUUAGUUCUGCUUCUUCAGACAAAGCUCCUGACGUUUUUGAUUCACAUGUUUCAUUUGGGCAUGCAUCGCCUGAACUGGCAAUGCGUUCAACGCCACCUGUUGGCCAGCCAAAAGCUAGACCAAGAAAGAGAAAGCAGCUCUAUGAUGAGUCCACAGUAUUGACUAAUAAGUUUAUGAAGGCAGCACUUGAUAAUUGUAGUGACCUACUGCGGAAGAGGAAAUGUUGCCCUUCUUCUGCUUUGGAUGUUUGGAAGUCAAAUAAUAGAUUAAGAAAAGAAAAAAUCUUUCUUGAGCCACUAAUGACUGGGUUGUGCGCAGAUCUAUGUAACGUUUAUACAAGGGAUUUCAUUACUGUGAAACCUCAUUUGGUUAACAUGGAAGAAGCUUGUCCAGAGCCUAUUGUUGCAGAGUCUCCUCCCAUGCAUGACCUUGAUACAGAAAUUGAAUGCCUUCGAAAUUAUGAAGGCCCCGAUUGUAGUAACAUUUUACCUGAAAUCAUGGGUUCUCCUAAUAGAUUCAUGGCUCUAGCAAUCUGCUGCUUAUUUUCUUAA